AUGCGCCACGGGCAGCAGGAGGCCGCGCGCGCCGCAGACGGCCAGCAAGAGGACGAGCUUGGAGAGCAUGGGCCGUCGUACACAGUGCUGAGCUGCCACGUGCUGGCCUAUGUGCUGCCUGCGACGCGAGAGGCCGAGAGCUGCUCCGGCUCGUGUCCCUGA